AUGCAUCUAGAGUUGACCAUUAAAGAUGUAGACACAAAUGAUUUAGGAGAUUAUACAUGUGUUCUAAAUACCAUAUUUUCUACGUAUAAAAGUAAAGAUAUCGAAGUAGUUUAUGCAUUACCUAAGAUAGUUGUAACAACGCAGCUCAUUGAAAUAAUACAAAAUGGUGAGAGCAUCGAAUUACCUUGUAACAUAUCAUCAAGAUAUAAAACUACUUCCGUCAAUUGGUUCAAAGGAUCAGAUGGAAUAAUUGAAAAUAGGAAGAAAUACGAAUUAAAGGGAAACAAUCAAAACAUACUUUGUAUUCAUGACGUCAACGUUACCGACAGCGGAACUUACAAAUGUAGUGUAGAAAAUGAAAAAGGUCGAAAUGAAAGUGAAGGAAUAACGGUAGUAUACUCAUUACCUGUUAUAGCUGUAGAAAAUCAGCUAAUAGAAAUACCUAAAAAUGGUCAAAGCAUCAAAUUAAUGUGUUACAUAUCUUCAAGAUAUAAACCUACUUCUAUCAAGUGGUUCAAAGGUUCAGGUGAAGUCAGUGAAAAUAGGAAGAAAUACGAAUCAAAGGGCAACAAUCUAAACAUACUUACAAUUCAUGACGUCAAUUGUAACGACAGUGGCAUUUACAAAUGUAGGGUAGAUAAUGAAAAAGGACAUAAUGAAAGUGAAGAAAUAACGGUAAAGUACUCAUUACCUGAAAUAACUGUAGCAAAGAAGCGAGUAGAAAUACUUAAAAAUGGGGAAAGCAUCGAAUUAUCUUGUAACAUAUCAUCAAGAUAUAAACCUACUUCUAUUAAGUGGUUCAAAGGUGCAGAUGAACUAAUCAAUAAUAGGAUGAAAUAUGAAUUACCGGGCAACAAUUCAAACAUACUUAUUAUUCAUGACGUCAAGAUAAGUGAUAGUGGCACUUACACAUGUAGAGUAGAAACUGGAAAAGGACGAAAUGAAAGUGAAGGAAUAACGGUAAUCUACUCUUUACCUGUGAUAAAUGUUAAAGAAAAGAAAAUAGAAAUACUUGAAAAUAGAAAAAGCAUCCAAUUAUCGUGUGAAGUAUGUUCAGAAUUUGAACUUAUUUCAAUCAAGUGGUUCAAAGGCUUUGCUGAAAUUACUGGAAAUAACAAGAACAAGCAGAAGUACGAAAUGAAAGGCAAUACACCGAACACACUUAUUAUUCAUGAUGUUCGUUUGGACGACACUGGCACAUACAAAUGUAGAGUAAAGAAUAUAAAAGGAUACAGUGAAAGUGAAGGAAUAGCGGUAGUGUACAAUGUGCAAAGUAUAACCAACAGUGAAAAAAAUAAAUAUCUGGAAAAAAUCAAUUCUGGAAAAGAAGCCAGACAAUAUGUAAGGAUUCAGGUUAUAGGUAAAGAAGGUGUUGGCAAGUCAAGUCUGGUACAUAGACUACUUGGAAAACAAAUCGAAGGGAUAAAAAGCACUGAUGGAAUUGAAAUUUUCAAAUCUAUUCAAAUUAGAAAGGACGAUGGUAAAUGGAUCGUUGAUGAAGUUGAAACGGAAAGACAAAAAAGGAUAAGAAGGAUAAUGAAGAUUGCUGACAUAAAUGAAAAGCCAACAGAAAUUUCAUCUGAAACUCAAAAAACAGGAAUAGUUUCUGAACCUGAACCGAAAAAAAAAGAAAAAAUAGCGUCCAAAAAACGGAAAAUAAAAACAAAAACACCUAGUUCAAAUGUAGUACCAAAUAUCCAUGAUGACAAAAAAACUACUACAGAUAAUUUAUCGACUGCUUUAAAUUCCGGGAAAUUAACAUUAAAUAUGGAUAAACCUCUCUUAGUUACCAUUAAACCUGAUAAAAAAAAAUCUGAUGUGCAUGAACAUGAAAAACUAACUUCGUUAGAAAUAACUGACGAAAUGACGGCGAAAAUUUUUGAAAAUAUGGAUGAAAUUCUUCUUGAAGUGAAAAAAGGAAAAGAAGAAUUGAAAUCUGGGCGUGUUGUAGAAUGUGGUAUUUGGGAUUUUGCUGGUCAAAAAGACUAUUAUGUGACACACCAGACAUUUUUAACGUCAGGCGCCAUUUAUCUUCUUGUUGCAAAUUUGAAAGAGGAUAUUAAGGCAAUAAGAUAUGACGAAAACUGUGAUUCGAUUGGAGAGUACAUUGACUUUUGGUUUGAUAGUGUUCAUUCAUUUUGUAAAAAUCCUGACGCAAGAAUGUUAAAUCCUCCGGUAAUAAUGGUUUGCACUCAUACUGAUCAGUGUGAAAAGCUUGAUGAGAGAAUAUCUGAAUAUGCCAAACAAUUUGAUUGUAUUAUUGGACAGAAUACAAAGGCUAAUCACAAAAGAAACAUCCACUACAUUUCUAACACACAAGAUAAUGGAGAAAUUGACGAAUUGAAAAGGACAAUAAGUAGGAUUGCAGAAGACAUGAGUUAUUUCCAGGUCGAACUUCCUACCCAUUGGAUUCAAUUGGAAAAUGCCUUGGAUUUUUUAACAAGUGAUUUAAAAACUAAUAUACUGUCAUGGACGAAUAUUUUGGAAUUAGGAAAUAAGAUGUUAAUAAAAGGAGAAGGUGAACUGCUUGAGUUUCUUAAUUACCAGCAUAAAAUUGGGAACAUCAUAUUUUUCAAUGAUAUACGUGAAUAUAUCAUUUUACAGCCCAAUUGGUUGGUUAAGUGUUUUAGAUGCCUUGUAUGUGAUGACGAUCCUAAAAAACGAAAUCCAAAAAUAUCAUCGACUGAAUGGAAAGCACUCACAGAGACUGGACGGUUAUCAGAAACGAUUAUUGAUGAUCUUUUUCAAAACGAGAAUGUGUUAGAGAAAGAACAAAAAGCAUAUGUACUUAGUGUUAUGGAAAAAUUUGACAUUAUUGUUAAACCACAAUGUGUAGGUACCGAAGGCGAUGAAAAAUCAAAAUCAUACUACAUCCCAUGCAUGAUUAGAAAUAGGUCAAUUUCCGUACAGGAAUUAAAGAAAGAGUUUGAAGUUAAUAAAGAAGGAAUCACAAUCUCACCAUGGUUUAUACUUGAAUUCACUUUUCUGCCGUUUGCAUAUUUCAAUCACAUUCUAGUCAGUUACAUUAAAUCAUAUACUGUCUGUGGAAAAGAGGACGAACAGAAAGCUAUAUAUGAAGGAAAAGCCGUGAUUUUCUUAGAUGAUAGAAAAUCUAGAAAAUUAAUCAUUUGCUAUUCAAAGAAUGCCAUAUCGUUGCAAGUAUGGAAAUGGGAUCAAGUAUCGGAUGAUUUAUAUAAAAACGUUUUAGAGGAGCUAUAUUCCAAAAUUAAAGAACUAGAAAACAAACUGGGCCCCACAUCUUACACUGUUGCAGCAAAAUGCGAUGAUGGAAAUUACUUCAAAAAGGAAAAUAGAAUCCGUUUUGAAGAACGAAACAAACGUUAUUUCGAAAACGGAACAUACUACUGUGAAGAUCAUGUUAAUGCGAAAUUUCACCAUAUAAAGGACAUAGAAAAUACGUGGUUCAGGCAUGUUGACACGAUAUUUGAGAUAGGAGAAAAGAAAAUACAAAACCACAAAGCAAACAUCCCAGAUUAUGAUCGAGUUCCAAAGCAUAUUCGAGCUCACCAUGAACAAGAAAUAAGAGAAUGGGAACAAGACCAAACUACAUUUUUGGAAACCAGAGCAACACGUCACAUACUGGAGUCUCUAUCCUCGCAUAACUGUAUUGUUGUGACAGGAAGCGCGGGCUGUGGUAAAUCUUCAAACAUACAUCAAGCUGCCUUACACUUACGUGACAGUUUUGGAUAUGAUAUAAUACCAGUGUUAACAGGACCAACAGACAUUAUGAAUUAUUAUAAUGAAAAUAAAAAACAAGUGUUUAUUGUAGAUGACAUCUGUGGAAAGGAAACAAUUGACGUGCAGAGAUUACAAACGUGGAGAGAAUAUUCAGAAAAACUUGAGAAAAUAUUUAAAAUUGCAGAAAAAGAUGUUGCAAGUAAAAAAGAUUAUACGGUUUUAAAGCUAUCAAGUCCAAAACUACUGCUGUCUUGUAAACUGCAUAUAUAUAAAGAAUCACAGUUCCAACUUAUUUCAUUAUUCACAAAAAAAGUAUUCAAUUUAUUAUCACCCGAGUUGUGUCUGCUGGAAGCUGAAAGAAAGCAUAUGCUGCACAAGUAUCUUCCUGAUGACAUAAUUGACAAUAUACAACAAGUCACGGAUAACGUGGAUUACUUUCCCUUGCUUUGUAAAUUGUCAAAAGACAAAACAUCUGAGGAAGUGAAGAAACUGUUUACAGUUCCUUUAAUCAGCAUUAAACAGAACAUAAACAACAUUAUUCAUGAAAACAAAGAACAAUUUUGUGUUCUUGUUCUGUGUAUCGUUUUUAAUGAAGGAUUUGAUACAGAUUGGCUCAAAUUAGGAUCAGUUUCAGAAAGGAAGAACAUGGAAACGGAUAAACUUGAGUACAUUGUUAAAGAAUUUGAUAUAGACUUAAGCAAACAGAAGCAUAGAAAUUCUUUAAAAGCUGGCUUUUCAACAUUAAAUGGCACCUACUUAAAACUGAGAGGAACAGAGUAUAGAAUGAUACAUGACAAAAUAUAUAAAAUGGCAGCUGUAAUCUGUGGACAACACCUUACAGAAUGUUUUAUCAAAUAUGCUCCAGCUAUAUUUAUUCGGGAUAAUUUUAUCUUUGAAUCUGUAACGGAAGUCCAUGAAAAAGAUGAUUUAAUUGUAUUAUUAAAAGACGAAGAAGAAGAUUAUUUUGAACGACUGUUAUGUGACUUAACAAAGCAUGUCAUUAUAAGUACAUUCAAUAAUUACCAGUUAAUUUAUCAGACAUUUAGAGAUAAGUUAAUAAGCUUUUUAAAAAAGAAAAAGGAUGCAAACACAGUAUUAAAGAAGCUUGAAACAGAAGGUUGCAAAAUAACAAAAAAUAAGUAUCUAAUAAAUCCGUUUGAGACACACUAUUAUACAACACCUUUGAUAGAAUCAACAACUACUGGUUACAUUGACAUUGUUCAAUUUCUGAUUGUUAAUGUUAAAUGUAAUGUGAAUAAAACAGACAGUGAAGACAGCUCCCCUUUAUAUAGGGCAUCCGAAAGAGGACAUUCAGCUAUCGCUAAAUUGUUAUUAGAAAACAAUGCUGAUGUAUAUCAGUAUAAUGUUCAUAGAGAGUCUCCUUUGUAUGCGGCCUGUAAAGGAGGACAUAAAGAUAUAGUAGAACUGUUACUACAGAACAAUGCUGAUGUCAAUCAGUGUGAUACGGAUGGUGAGACACCAUUGUAUGUGGCCUGUAUAGGAGGACACAAAGAUAUAGUAGAACUGUUACUACAGAACAAUGCUGAUGUCAAUCAGUGUGAUACGGAUGGUGAGACACCAUUGUAUGUGGCCUGUGAAGGAGGACAUACAUAUAUAGAACUGUUACUGCAGAACAAUGCUGAUGUCAAUCAGUGUAAUGAUAAUGGAGAGUCUCCAUUGUAUGUUGCCUGUGAAGGAGGGCAUACAGAUUUGGCCGUUUUGUUGCUUAGGAAAAGUGCUGAUGUUUCUCAGUGCAAUAGGGCUGGUGAGUCUCCUUUGUAUGUAGCCUGUAAAGGAGGACAUUCAGAUAUAGUGGAACUCUUACUGCAGAACAAUGCUGAUGUCUCUCAGUAUAAACAACAGGAUGGACAGUCGCCUUUACAUGCUGCUUGUGAAAUUGAUCCAUUGAAAUCAUAUAACAAAAGAUAUUCACAUAAUAUAGAAACUGUUAAACUAUUACUUGCAUGGAAUGCCGAUGCUAAAAUGUGUAAUAAGGCAGGUCAAACACCAGUUGAUAUUGCCCGUAAAUCACAGAACAUUGAAAUUGUAAAUCUUCUUAUGGAUAAUAUUAAAAGCAUCAGAGUUUAAAUUAUCAUUUCAUAAAUUAUAAUAUUUACAACU